AUGAGUGAUACGGAGUUUGCUAAUCUGAGCAAUGAGGUUGAGCGUGAGGACGCCAGUGCCAAUGUUGAUGAGGAGUUGCCAGAUAAUGAGGAUGGUUGGGUGGACGAGGUAGCGCUGUUGGACCAGGAUAAACGAAUUGAGCUGCAAAGAGAUAUCCAACCGGUAAAGUCAGUGCUUUUGAAGCUGCGCAAGCUUUCUUACAAACUGAUCAAUUCCACAACGAUCUUGCUUCCUGCCUGGCGCAAAAUCCUCCUCGACCUACAAAUGACUCCAAUGAAUAUGCCACGGGAUGUUUGCACCUGCUGGAACUCAACCUUUGAUAUGCUGGACUAUGCUGUUGUCCAUCAGGAAGCGAUUGACACAGUCACUCAGCGGCGUGACCUAGGAUUGCGCAAGUUUGAGUUUGUUGACAGUGAUUGGGAGAUUGUCAGCCAGUUGCAGGAUGUAUUGAAGUUGACCGACAAGUCUGAGGUAUACCGGAUUGCUAUGGUACUGCAUCCAUGCCAUAAAUUGGCCUAUUUCAAGAACACACGGUGGGAGAACACCUGGAUUGAGACUGUGGCCACACUUGUGCGUGACGAGUUUGAAUGGUCAUACCUUGAGGUGGGGAUUCAACAGAACAGUGAUGAUAUUGAGGUGUUGAAUACUACAGCUCAUGAGGUAUGUGUUUUUCUUUAUUUUUGCAUGGCUCAUUAA